ACAAAAGCAACCGGUUUGCCGCGGGGAAGAAGAUGCGGCCGAUCCCUACUCCUAUAAAACGCCCGCGUCCCGGAGCCGGAGCCUUCACUUUUUUCGGCCCCCUCCAUCCGUUCAAGCAACAUCCGCGGAUCCGAUUGGCCAUCAAAAAUGAAGAUUACAGCGGGGCUCGUGCUCCUUCUGGCCCUCGCAGCACCUCAUCACUGCAAGCGGACAAAACGAUGGGAUGAAAGCAAGGGACAAAAUCAGGGAGGCUGGGUUCGAGGUACAGCUGGCGUCGACUACCCCGAUUACAAGGAAAUUCCCCGCACAAGUUUUCGCUGCAGUCAGCAGCCGUACGAAGGCAUGUAUGCUGACUUGGAGGCACAGUGUCAGGUUUACCACGUGUGCCACAACGGCCGAAAGGAGAGCUUCCUGUGUGGACCAGGAACAAUCUUCAACCAGCAGAUCCGUGCCUGUGACUACUGGUACAGCUUCGAGUGUGACGAAGCGCCCAAUUGGUACUACCUGAACGCCGAAGUGAAUGUUGAGAGCCCACAGCCGCUGCAGCCUCUGCCCGGAAGUGGCGGAGGCGCUGCUGGCGGUGGAGGUGGUGCAGGCGGUGGAGGUCGCCCUGGGCCAGCUUACCUUCCCGGUGGAACGGGCGGGGCAGCAGGAGGAGGAGGAGGCGCCCCCGGCGCGGGUCGCUAUCCUGGCUCGGGAGGCGCGGGUGGUUACCCAGGAGGUUCCGGCUCUCCAGGAUCAGGCGGUUACCCCGGUGGCCCUCGUGGACCUGGUUCUGGAGGAGCUCCUGGUGCUGGAGGCUACCCCGGUGGUACCGGUGGUUACCCAGGAGGAGGUUCCGGCCGACCCGGUGCUGGGGGUUACCCAGGCUCUGGAGCUGGAGGACCUGGCGCUGGCAGUUACCCUGGAUCUGGAAGCGGUAGGCCUGGUGCCGGUGGCUACCCUGCUGGAGGAGGAUACGGCUCUGGGCCAAGACCAGGCUCUGGUGGACAAGGCGGAAAGCCGGCUGGCGGACUUCGUGGUCCUUCUGGAUCAGGCGGUUACGGCGGCCCUGGUGGGCCGGGAGGCCCCGGGGGUCCUGGAGGUCCUGGUGGUUACGGUGGUCCCAGUGGCCCCAGUGGUCCUGGAGGCCCUGGAGGAUCUGGUGGUUACGGUGGUCCCAGUGGUCCCGGUGGCCCCGGGGGUUCAGGCGGUUAUGGUGGGCCGAGUGGUCCUGGUGGUCCUGGAGGACCCGGAGGUUCCGGUGGUUACGGUGGUCCGACUGGUGCCGGUGGUCCCAGAGGUCCUGGUGGUUACGGUGGCCCGAGUGGUCCUGGAGGUCCUGGCGGGUACGGCGGUCCCAGUGGCCCCGGAGGUCCUGGUGGUCCGAAAGGACCAAGUGGUCCCAAGGGACCAGGUGGGCUUGGAGGACCCGGGGCUGGAGCUGCACCUGGUGGCCCUGGCCCAUACCUGGCGGGUAGUGGUCCUGGUUCGGGGUCUUAUCCAGGUGCUGGUGCCGCGGCUCCCCAAGGCGGUUCACGGCCUUCUGCUGGUGGAUAUGGUGUCGUUCCAACUGGGCCUCGCCCGGCGCCUGCGACGUAUCCAGGUUCAUCAGGGGCCGAUGCUUAUCCGGGUGCAGGCGCUGGUCCCGGUGCAUCAGGAGCUGGUAGCUAUUCCUCCGCCUACAGUGCACGCUCUUCGUACUCCUCCUCAAGCUCUUUCAACAGCUAUACCGAUUCGGGCAGUGGUGGUGGCUAUCCUGACUCUCUCGGCGCGGGUUUGUUUCCCAUAGCUGGAACAGCAGGCGCCGUGUCUCCGGGAUCAGGCGGUAGCGUCUACGGCGGUUACACCAAGUCGGCAGGUGGCUCUGCUUUCCACAAAAAGAGCCCUCUCGAGAUCGAGUCGCCUCAUUCGCCUGGUCCCGGCUCGGCCGGCUUUUCCAAACCGGGUGCCGGUGCCCGGCGAACAAUUGGUGGUGGUGGGUUUGGUGGUGGCGGUUAUUAUGGCGGUUCGAAAUCUUUUUCGUGGUCCAAUGGAUAUGACACGGCGCCUUUGUCGCCAAUUCAAGGUGCACAACCCGGAGGAGGUGGAGCAUGGCAGGGGCCUGAGUACCCAAGCCCCACUGCUGGCGGCGCUGGAGGCGGCGGCUACUACACAUCCGACAGCGGGGCGUACUCGGACGGUUCCGGAUACCCCGGACAGGACGCGUCCGGCCAGUUGCCAGGUGGCACUCCUCAAAGGCCUCGCGGAGGAGGUCGGGGUCGAAGGCCACAGGGCGGUUAUGGGUCACCGAUGAUGAUGGGUGGUGCCGGCGGUGACUGAGGCCGUCAGCAUGGACAAAUGACAGUGUUCACUUUGGCGGCCGCUGUUGCGAAAGUACUUCCUAGACACCGAUACCACCGAACACUCUGUCGUUACGCCUGCGACAUAGAAUGAAAACACGACGUGAAACAGUAUUUUUUGCUGUCAUGCAACUCGAAAUGUCUAAACAGAAGCGAUAUAAUGCUCUGCUAAGUUACAUUUAUGAACUAGGCUUUUACGAAUUAGGCUUAAGCCACUGAAAACAGUUUUAUGCGCAGCACAGCCGUGUUUGUUGUUUUCUUUCGAUAUACUAAGUCCAUUAGAAGGAAAGACUAACGCGCCUUCCACUCCAGCUUCGGCGUCGUAUAAAGACAGUCGCAUAUCGAUACAAAGUGUUCUCGUUCUUGCAGUCGAUAUGAAAUUGUUGUUAAUUUUUUUUGUUAACAUGUUUUCUUCACGACACUUGUUCAUUGUGGUUACCAUAUAUACCAUUUUCUCUCUCAUUGAUCGACUUUAGCAAAGACGCCUCACGCUGAAGGAACGAAGCAUGCUGCCGAGGGCGGUAGCUUUUUUGCUCUUGCUUAGAAUUCCUAUGUGUUCCUUACAGAAGCAUCAACAGAAAUGAGUUUUCCUGCGACACUGUCAACACUCCGUCGAAGGGCAACUCAGCAAAAUUCCAGUAAUGUCCCUUUCUUUCACGAAGCGAAAGAAACAGAUAGCACUGAUUGUUGAAUUUGAAAAUAAUAAAACAACACAAAUAUA